AUGGCAGACACAGCCAGGAGAAAUCAAACGGCCAUCAUGGAAUUUAUCCUCCUGGGAUUUGGGGAUCUCCCUGAACUGAAAAUUCUUCUCUUCCUGAUGUUCCUAGUGAUCUACAUCACAACUAUGGCCGGGAACAUCCUGAUCAUUGCACUAGUUGUGACUGAUCAGCACCUUCACAUCCCCAUGUACUUCUUCCUGGGGAACUUGUCAUGCUUGGAGACCUGCUACAUCUCAACCAUCCUGCCCAGGUUGCUGGCCAGUCUCCUAACUGCAUUGAUAAAACUCUCCUGCAGUGACACACACCUGAUCAUAUUGCUAGAUUUCAUUCUAGCCUUUUUAUUCACUUAUCCUCCAUUCCUACUAACCAUAACAUCCUAUGUGUGUGUCAUUGCCACCAUCCUGAGAAUCCCUUCUACUACCGGGAGGCAGAAGGCAUUUUCCACCUGCUCCUCUCACCUCAUCGUGGUGACAAUUUUCUAUGGCACAAUAAUGAUUGUCUACAUGCUACCGAAACGUGAAACACUCAGAGACCUGAAAAAAGUGUUUUCUCUUUGCUACACAGUCCUGACUCCCCUGGUAAACCCCCUCAUCUACAGCCUGAGAAACAGAGAGGUCAAGGAAGCCUUAUGCAAGGCAGUCAGUAAAUGUGGCUUUCACAAAAACAUGCAGGGUUUCUGA